AGAAGUGCUGGGAAAUGUGUCGAAGAGUUCUCUUAUUAUUAAUGCUGAGUCUCAGUUGGCUCAGGCUCAUUGCAGGCGGCUGUAAUCGGAUACCGCAAGGCGCAUCGGGAGAGCGUUCGGCAGUCGAUGAUAAUUUCAAAAUAUUAAUCGAUGGCAAUCCGACGACCUAUAUACCCGAUCAUCAAUACAAUGUAUCCCUCUCCUGCCCGACCAGCCUGAAGUUCAUUAGCUUUACGUUGAUUGUGGAAAGCGAGGAUCCGUCGAUGGCCUACAGCGGACCGGACAUGGCCGGACACUUUGAGCUGUCCGACACGGCAGAGACUCGCUUCAGCACUGGCUGCGAGAACAUGAUCGAGAGCACCAAUACGAAUGCCAAGACGCGCAUCGAUGUCUCCUGGAUAUCGCCAAAGCAACCGGACAGUGGCUGUGUUCUGAUCAGGGCGGGCGUGGUGCAGCAUCGUGACGUGUGGUUCAUCGACGAUGGCUUCCUGACCAAGCGCAUCUGUCCAGAGGAAAUCGAUGAGCUGAACAGCCUAACGCCAUCGCUGCAGAGCUGCUGUGCCUGCGACGAGGCCAAGUAUGAGAUCAUAUUGGAGCGCAAGUGGGCCAGGAAUACGCAUGCCAAGCAUUUUCCAGCCGAGGCUUGGCGCACACGUCUGGGCGAAAUCAUAGGCGCCUCGCACACCUACAGCUACCGUUAUUGGGCGUAUGGGGGGCGGGCCAGCCAGGGCAUGCGCGAAAUGGCAGAGCACGGAUCCACGCGUACAUUGGAGCAGGAAAUCAGGGAUAAUACACAGAAUGGCGAAGUGCGCACCAUAAUCAAGGCGCCUGGGAUCGGUUACAAAAAGAACAUCUUUGGCACCACCUUGGCGAAUGCGCGCGUCGAUCCACAGCAUCAUCAAAUCUCGUUGGCAGCCAAAAUCGAUCCAUCUCCAGACUGGAUAGUGGGCGUGGCGGGCUUAGAACUGUGCUUGAGCAAUUGCACUUGGCUGGAGCGCAAGGUGCUCAAUUUAUAUCCCUGGGAUAUAGGCACCGACUCGGGUCCCUCGUAUAUGUCACCCGAUCAGCCCCAAGUGCCGCCGGAUGUUAUACGCCGCAUUACUUCAUCGUUUCCGAGCGAUUACCGUUCGCCGUUCUUUGAUGAUUCAGGUGCUCCAAUGAAACCGCUGGCCACGCUUUAUGUGACCCGAAAGAAGCUAUACAUACGCGAGUGUGAGGAGGUACCUCAAGACGGUCCUUUGGAGUGCGCAACUCAUCCGUGGAACGAGUGGAGCAACUGCAGCACGCGCUGUGGACCUGGCUACUCGCAGCGCUAUCGCAGCUACAAGAAUCCUGCACUUGCAGCCAGCUACAAUUGCGACAAUCGCAUGGAGGAGGUGCGUCAGUGCCAGGGCACGAGAUGCGGCGCGGACGAUGAAGGAAUGGGAAAUGGUGAAUUUAAUGAGGAUGGCAAUGGUCCGGCGACCAUGGCCGAGUGUGAGAUGAGCCAGUGGAGCGAAUGGUCGCCAUGCUCAAAGACCUGUGGGCGUGGCAUAUCGACACGCAGACGCGACUAUCACAAUCCCCAAGCGAAGCCGCGUUGCCAGUCAGUGGUGCGACUGCCUCUCGAGGAGACAAGGCCGUGCUCGGGCAUCGAUUGCGGUGGCUCCAUAACCGACAAUGGUGACAUCGAUGGGCUACAGCCGGACUCUGAUCCUUUUGGAGAAACCAAUGAAGCGGGCUUCGAUACUAAUAGACCCGUCUGGGGCACGAAUAACAACUACAACAACAACAGAAGGCCAAGCUUGGACAAAAACAAUCAAGGCUGGAGUGGAAACACUUUGACGAAGCCCAACUACCCAGAGCAAGGCAAGAGCAACCGACGACUGCCCUACGAAUUGGAGCGACCCACAGUGAAUAGCUAUUAUAAUGAGCAGAGGAGCAAUAGCUACAACGACUACAGGCAGAAUAACCGAGAGGAGGGCAUCAAUGACUACAAACAAGAUAACCGAGAGGAGAGUUACAGCGACUACAAACAGGAUAGUCGAGGCAAUAGCUUCGACAGCAAAUACGAAUCAGGCGCCAGCGUCAACGACUACAGUAAUACCCUAUACAGAGGCGGCUUGACCACCCGUGCUCCAUUUACUCCACACUAUUCAGGCUAUGGCCUGGGCCAGCAGGAGACGGUCGGCAGCAAUUACAACGUGAUCCAGGACUACUGCUACGAGAAGCCCUUCGCCUCGACGGUCCCCUGCCUGGCCAAUCCGGUCAUUGUGCGCAACUAUUGGUUCUACGAUCACGACGAUCACCAGUGCAAAAUCUUCACCACAGACAAUUGCGACGAGAACAACAAUCGCUUUCGCACUCUGAUGGCCUGCGAGGGCACCUGUCUGCUGCCCCAAAUCAACUCUGUUCGCACCGACGAUCCCGAAGAGAGCCCGUUUGCAGGUGACAACGCCUAUGGCGGCGAUACGUUCCAGACCAGCGGCGGCGGCUUCAGAGGCGAUGAAGGCUUUGGCCAGCCCAUGGCACAGACAAGAAACAAAUAUAGCAAUGCCAGACGUGGCAGAUAUGGCAGUUAAUCAUUUGAAUUUAAUA